AUGGUGCCAGAUCAGAGAAACGAGCUUCCAAACAUGGACAUGCACACCUUCGCAAGCAUGAUGAAUCAAUUCAACAUCAUGCAGUCUCAGCAAGCAAGGAACAACAUGAGUCCUCUCACAGAUCCAUCAAGCCCGUACUACCUGCAUCCUGUUGGGAAGAGCAAUGUGGAGAGCGUUGAGGUCAAAAAUAAGGUAAAAUUUGUUGAUGGUUCAAUUGCAAAACCAGAUGAGAAUGAUUCACUGUAUGAAGCAUGGGAUAGAUGUAAUAAUAUCGUCAUUUCUUGGAUAACCUUGGCAUUAAGUCCAGAAAUUGCUCAAAGUGUGAUAUGGCACGAUAUUGCAGCAGAUUUGUGGCGAGACCUAAAACACCGGUAUAGUCAAGGGGAUAUAUUCAAGAUGGCCGAACUUGAUGAUGAACUAAGCACAAUCAAGCAGGGUGAACUCUCUGUCACAAAAUACUUCACCAAAUUGAAGGCAAUUUGGGAAGAACUUGAAAAUCUGCGACCCAUACCUCCUUGUGUAACGUGUGCAGCAACUAACUGUGCAUGUGGUCUGGAGAUGGUCAGAAAGUACAGAGAAGAUGCCUAUGUGGUACGAUUCCUGAAAGGAUUGAAUGAAGCUUACUCUCAUGUGAAAUCACAAGUCAUGUUGAUGAAGCCAAUGCCAAAGAUUGAUCAAGCCUUCUUCAUGCUACUUCAGCAAGAACGGCAAAUAAAUCAGACUGAACCUGUAUUUGAUGCUAGAACCCUCAUGAGCGCUUCAAGCAACACUCCUCAAGCAAAUAGAGGAAGGGGGCGUGGCAGAGGAGCUGGCAGGGGAAGAGGGAGAACACCUUCCAAACAUUGUUCAUAUUGUGGUAAGACUGGCCACUUGGUUGAUGUAUGUUACAAGAAACACGGAAUGCCACCUCAUCUCAAACAAGGUGGAACAAGCUUCAUCAACAAUGUAGCUGCUGAAGAGAAUCCUGACACAAACAGCAGCGCCAUUGAAGAGGAAAGUAAGGCUGAGCUAGAGUUUAUCCUAGAGCAAAAACGCGCACUACUGUCUCUGCUGCAGCAAUCAGAUGCACAACAAAUCCAAAAGAUGAUAGGUACAACAAACCAAGUGGUAUCACUCCCAUCCAACCAAGCUAAUGAGGCCAUGUCUUGUGAGCAACAGUUCAGUGGUAAUAAUUCACCACUCACCAAAGAGAACAUUGAUAUAUGCGUGAUGUGGCACAUGUUGCAGGAGCUAUUGUUAGACUACUAUUGA